AUGGCACCUAGACUCCCUCCUCCACCCCAACCUACGGAACCUGAUGCGUCCAACAACGCUAGGUUGUUGGAGACGGUGAUUGACCGCUUACAGCAACAAAACACGACACUGAUGGAACAAAAUGCCACUCUGAUGCAGCAGAAUCAGAGUGCCAUGCAGAGUUUGGAAGCUUCGCGUGCCAAUUCUGAAACAACGCAAAUACAACUGAUGGAGAUUUUAGCAACGACCAGGCAUAAUUCAAGGGCGUCUUCUUCCAACGCUGCCCCGCCUACUGCUGAGUGGAGCUUGGAGAGUUUCCUCCAACACCAUCCGGCUAAGUUCAGUUGGAAAGGUCUCCCAGACGAAGCGGAUCAGUGGUUAAGGGACAUGGAGAAGAUCUUCAAUGCCAAACGAUGCCCUGAUGAAAAUAGAUUGGUGUACGCUGAAUAUUUAUUGACUGGAGAAGCGAGCCAUUGGUGGUCGAGCGCGAGAGCUAUUCUAACAUACGCGCAACAACCGAUCACUUGGGAAGUGUUUAGAAAUAAGUUUUAUGAAGAAUACUUCCCUGACAGCGUGCGGUUUGCAAAGGAGGUGGAAUUUCUACAACUGGUUCAGGGGAGUAUGUCCGUCUCAGAGUACACCAAUAAGUUCAAACACCUCGUCAGAUUCAAUACUAUGGCCACAAGUGAAGUGUGGCAGUGUAGAAAAUUUGAGAACGGAUUGAGGAGCGAUCUCAAAGUAUUAAUCUCCAGCCUGUUUAUCCGGACGUUCCCAGCCAUGGUUGAGAGGGCUAAAGUAUUAGAGAAAAAUAUGGUUGAGACGGAACAACAGAAGAAACAACAGGCGUCAAGAGGACCAAUUCUGUCGAGACCUAAUGUGAAUCUGAACAGGACCCCAUACGCUCGUCCAGCUCAGUCUAGUGGUUCUCAAGCUAUGGUAGUUGCUGGACAAGCAAAUCAACCGGGGCCGGUCAGAUGUUUUCAGUGCGGAGGACCCCACUUUAGAUCAUCAUGCCCUUAG